AUGAAAACUACAAGAAGCCCUCCCUCACCAGUGAUACCAACAAAAAACAGAUUUGAAGUGUUACAAACACAGGAAACCACCUUACCACAACAACAGAUUCGCACUCAAGCAACGUCAACAAAAGAAUCAACAAUACAAAAUGCGAUCGUGGAAGCCAUAAGAAGGAAGAACAAUGAAAUCCCCCUCGCCCCACCUAGGAGGCCGCCGACACCACAAAAUCAACACACUCAUCUGAUCAAACCAAAAGAGCAACCCCCACCGACAAAGACACCGAUGGAACAAGCACAACAGGAACAGCCCACCAACCACCCCACAGAGGAACAACAGGACGCCCCCUCACCCACAAAAGGUACAACGUCGACUAAAUCUAUCUCUGCAAAUAUUGCCAAUGUUAAAUUUGAUAUUAACAGAGAUGGCCAACAGGAGAUUGAUGUUACAAUAUCUAAAACUUCGUCGAUCUCAGAAAAUAGAAAUAAAUUUCGAAGAAUUGAAGGUGAUGAUGCAAAGGCCGAUGUAAAGCAAGAUUCAGAAAAUCUGAAGAAAGACUCAAUGCCAGAAUUUCCAGCGAUUAAGACUUCUAGUACAAUAGUAGAUACAUUACAUAUUUCCAACGCUUUUAAUGCUCUAACAUUGUCAAAUAAUAAAUACGUAAAAACUGCACAAACACUUGAACCAGUUUCACGUGCAUGCCAAGAAGAAUGGACCGAUAAAUGGAAUAACCUUGAAUUUCCAGCUCCCAAAUCGUCAAUUUUAACACCAGUUACUUUUAGUUUAUCUAAAAAACAAUAUUCAUUUGGUGACACAAGUACGAGUCAGUUUCUUGGUUCUCCAACGUCAGAAAGUAAAGAGUCAGCGCGUGAUAACGCAGAGAGUAGAUCUACGCCUUUCUGUUGGAAAGCAACAACGACAACAACAUUAUCAAGUCCAGCAUUCCAAGUACCUACUGCAGCACAAACUUUGCAUAAAUCUGGAACAUCCAAAUCAUCAAUUUUAAAACCACCUACUUUUAAUUUAUCUAAAAAACAAUAUUCAUUUGGUGACACAAAGUCAGCGUGUGAUAACGCAGAAAGUAGAUCUACGCCUUUCUGGUGGAAAUCAACAACGACAACAACAUUAUCAAGUCCAGCAUUCCAAGUACCUAAUGCAUCACAAACUUUGCAUAAUUCUGGAACACCCGAAUCAUCGAUUUUGGUACCAACUACUUUUAGUUUAUCUAAUAAACAAUGUGAAUUUGGUGGCGCAAUUUCACGUAAAUCUUGCACUUCUCCGGUGCUAGAAAAUAAACCUGCAGCUUGCGAUUCAACACCAACAAACCAAAAAGAAACAACAUAUAAUACAACACUCGGGAUGCCAACUGUACGUGGCACAUUGUCAGUGAAAUCAGUAGUAUCUGGUGAUAGUACUGUUAGAACGUCUACCGGCGAGUCAACGCCUCUUAUACGUGUACAUCAAAAAUUUAUAUUUAACGCCAUUCCUACUGAACCGGCUGUAAUGCCUGGGACUCGAUUCAAUUUUCCUACGAAUAUGAUACCUCCUGUAUCGACUCAGAUUCAAAUAUCGAUUGAUUCCACCGAUUAUACAUUUAACGGACCUAAUCCGGAACUAGCAGCAUUUCCGCAAUGUCCAACUACAAGUUCAUUUUCUAUAUCGCAACCUGUUACCCAAAGUCAACAAUUGUCUACUUCAUCAUCUAUUCCUCUAGAAUGCGCGUUUAAUUUUGAUUCGUCACCAGGAGAUCAUACAGCUGAACCUGGUUCAAUCCAGUCCGAAGGAUUUAAUUUUAAUCCCAAUACUAGACCAUCGUUCCGUUUUAGUGUUUAUGAAUUUAAGUAUCUACAAAAUAUAAAAUUAUUUUACACAUUAAUAGCAGGAUCUUUUUUCCAUAAAAAAAUGUGUUGCCAUGUGUUGUUUUAGUGCACCUACUCAAGUACAACGAGAUACUGCGUCUACUCGAGUACAACGAAAUACUGCGAAAGCUUUUAGAAGAUUAAAAUAGGAGUCAAGUAACGGCAUUCUUUUUAUACAGUUGCUCAUGAAGGUAUUCAUAUUCUUGCAGAAGACACCUUUUAUGAAUAUACUAUAUGUCUUGAAAGAAACAUUUUGAAAUGUCAUUAGUAUUGUAACAAAAUCCGAUUGUCAUAGCUAUAUUGGUAAAGUUUUUAGCAAAUCUGAAAAUAUACAUAGAUAUUACAAAACACCUAACACAAGUAUGCAGAUAUUUUGUAGAAAUCAAUAAAGUAUUUAAACAGUCAUUUAACAUUUCAUCAAACAUUUUCCAUAUGUAUGAAAUAAGCCUAAAUAUUUACUGGAACCACUUUUGAGAUUUUUUCUAGGCAUACCAAGGAGGCUAUUAAUGCUGUGUGCUAAUCUUUAUUAAAUAUAUGUUUGUAAAUAACUUUUAUGUAUAUUUUCAGAUUGGUUUUUGGCUUUUCUAUCAUAAAAAUAGUAGUUGCAAAAUACUUUUAUGAGCCAUUGUAUCUAUUUCAUACAAUCGUGAGAAAACAAGUCGAAGACGCUUCGUUUUCGAAGAAAAAAGAAAAAAGAAAAAAGAAACGAUUUUGAACAUUUUCUCGAUGCUGCUAUACGCACAUACUCUUUAUGAUAUAUCAAUUCUUGGAUCAAUAACGAACUUUCAUUAUUGAUGAUUUGCUGCUAGUGGAUGAGGAAACUUAAUAAAAUAUCGAAUGUC